AUGCCGAGCAAGGGCUCGUUCUGCGCGAUGUUGGGGAGCCCCCGCAGGUUGCCGUCGUCGUCGUCGUCCCGCGGGGACGAGACGCGGAUGAGCCAGGCGAUGUCCUCGAGCGCGGUGUCGAGCAGGGCGAGGGUGCGCAUCCUAACUGCCGACGCGCCACCGCCGGCUGCCGUGCUGCACCGCACGGAGUCCAUCGGAUUCGAGGUCAGCCACGGGUAUGGGCUAACUGAGACGGCGAGGCUGGUGGUCUGCUGCGCGUGGAAGGGGGAGUGGAACAAGCUCCCCGCGUCGGAGCGCGCGCGGCUCAAGGCGAGGCAAGGCGUGCGCACGCCUGGCAUGGCCGAGGUGGACAUCAUCGACGGCGAGACUGGGCACAGCGUCCCCUGCGACGGGUCCACGAUGGGCGAGAUCAUGCUCCGCGGCGGCUGCGUCAUGCUCGGCUACCUGGACAACGACAAGGCCACCAAGGCGGCGAUACGCGACAACGGGUGGUUCUACACGGGGGACGUCGGCGUGAUGCAUCCUGACGGGUACAUGGAGAUCUGCGACCGGUCCAAGAACGUGAUCAUCAACGGCGGGGAGAACAUCAGCAGCGUGGAGGUGGAGUCCGUGCUGUACAGCCACCCGGCGAUGAACGAGGCCGCGAUGGUGGCACGGCCGGACGAUUUCUGGGGAGAGAUGUCAUGCACAUUCGUGAGCCUCAAGGAGGAGGGAUCGACGGCUGCCGAUGUCAUCGCGAUAUGGUUUAAUAUUGAAAGGGUGAGCCCCUAG